GGCUCUACCACGUGACUGUGUUUCACCAAUCAAACAUAGUUGUGCAGCUCGUCACGUUACCAUACUCAAUCUCAGCGGCGGGACAGGUUAGUUAGCAAAACAAACAUGUCAGAAUCAACCGUCGGCAAUGCAGACACAAACGAGGAGGAAAACCCGCACCCCUGGCCUCAUAUUCAAAGCAUGUUUACCUUAUUAAAAGUGAGAGAGAGCAGCUACAUUAUGAGGUGUCUUCUGUGUCUUCCAAAGCAAACAGACAUUUCAGCAUUUAAAAACUCAACAUCUAACUUGAGGAAACAUGUAGCGAGGGUUCACCCCAACAAACUGGCAAAGUACACAGACUUAAUAGAGAUCCACAGAAAGCACAAUUCCUCCUCUUCUGGUGAUACUCUUGUAAAAAAUGCAAAAAUACCAGCCUUCGCUGCCCCAUGGCGGGUAACACAAGCAACGCUUGAGAAGCUGGUGCUAAAUUUUGUGCGUGAGGCCAACCAACCAUUUUCUGUGGUUGAGAUGCCAUACUUCAAGACUUUGAUAAAAACCAUGCAACCUCAUACAGUAAUGGCAAGGAAAACGUUAUGCACAAGAAUACAAGAAGCUGCAAAACACAAGAAGAGCAAUUAUCAUCAAAAAGCUGAGUGCUGUGAACUAUGUUGCUACCACAACAGACAACGUAGCUACUUAGGUGUCACCUGUCACUGGAUAGACAACACCUCACUGGAGAGGCACUCCGCUGCAUUGGCUUGUAGACCUGUCAAAGGCUCGCACACGUUUGAUGUCCUUGCAGCUGCAUUAAAGGAAAUACAGGGGAAGUACCAAAUCAGGGGAAAAAGUGACCAGGACGACAAUAGACAGUGGCUCAAACUUCCUAAAGGCCUUUAGAUUGUAUGGUGAGGAGAAAGUGGAGGAAGCCACCAAUGUACAAGAGGACAGUGACUCUACCCUUGAUGAUGCAACAGAAGAUCAGAGUGAGUCAGAGGUGGAGUAUCAAGAUGUGGCUGCUAUUCUGAAUGGCAACACAGGCCUUGAGUACCAACUUCCAAGGCACCAAAAGUGUGCAUGCCAUCUCCUCAAUCUUCUAUCCACAGUUGAUGCCACUGCUGCAGGAGGAGUACUUUUUUACUCUUACUCAAGUAAUUAUUUGGAUGUCUACUUUUUACUUUUCCUUGAGUCAUAUUAUUCUGAAGUAACAGUACUUUUACUUGAGUAAAAUUUUUGGCUACUCUACCCACCUGUGGUUGGCUGAUACAAAUGAUAGUUGGGCAAUCACUGGUAGUGCC